CACACCACAAAUUUUAAAAACGGUGUCAUUUGAGCUCUACGCCUGCAAACGUUUUACUCAAACAAGUACUUACUAUGCGAGCGAACGCGUAUCGUAAGAUGCUGUUUUGCAACACACUUCUUUCAUCUCGCUUUCAUCUCGCAUUAGCUCGCUUAGUUUUUCUUAGAAGAGAAUCUUCCGCUCCUGUCAAAGUUUUACACUAUUUCUCGUUUACAAUGACUAACGUUGCGUCAAAUUCCGGUUUUCCGAGCGGGGUAGGGGGGGAAGACACGUCUUCCCUGGUCAGCGGUGGCCCAAGCCAAAAUCAAUCCGACACUGAUAGAUUGGUUGAUGCAGUAGUUAGAAAUAGGAACCACGAGACUGUUACGUCGCGUGAAGUCAUUGAACGCAAAAGUAUCACGCGUUCUGAUCGAAACAGCGACAGAGCAGACCGGAGAUAGGCAACAUUGGGAUUCGUCUCUGAUGACGAGGACUUGCUUGUGCUAGCACUCAGUUUUCACUAAAUUUGUAACAUCAAUACUUCGUUCAGUAUUCUAGUCAUAUCACUAACAGUCUGCAAAAGUUAGACAUACCUUACACUAUUAAAUUCUGCUCUCGAUUUCGCAGAUU